AUGUUGCUCAGCUGCUGCCUCUUGGUCACUUUCAUCCUGGGGCUCUCCCGGUGCUCGGGCUCUUACGUCCCCUGCGAACCGUGCGAUGAGAAGGCGCUGUCCAUGUGCCCGCCGGUGCCGGUCGGCUGCCAUGUGGUGAAGGAGCCCGGCUGCGGCUGCUGCCUGACCUGCGCGCUGUCCGAGGGCCAGGCGUGCGGCGUCUACACGGGCACCUGCGUCAAGGGCCUGCGCUGCCUGCCGAGGAGCGGCGAGGAGAAGCCGCUGCACGCCCUGCUGCACGGCCGCGGAGUUUGCACCAACGAGAAGGGCUACAAGCCAGCGGCCGCCGCGCCCGGAGAUCGGGAGACCCGGGUGGACGUGGACGCCAUGACUCCAGAGGUCUCGAGGGUGGUCCAGCAAGCUAAAGUGCCGCUCCAUCCAAAAGACGUCGUGACCAGUAAAAAAUUGAUCGCAGUGCACAAAGAGAAUAAGAGGAAGCUUAACAAGCAGCUCAACUUUGGCUCCACCAUGGAUUACUCCCCUAUGGACAUCGACAAGCACGAGCCUGAAUUUGGUCCCUGUCGGAGAAAACUGGAUGGGAUCAUCCAGGGGAUGAAGGACACUUCUCGGGUUAUGGCCCUUUCUCUGUACCUUCCCAACUGUGACAGAAAAGGGUUCUUCAAGCGCAAACAGUGCAAGCCGUCCCGCGGCCGCAAGCGGGGCAUCUGCUGGUGCGUGGACAAGUACGGCAUCCAGCUGCCGGGGACGGACUACAGCGGCGGGGACAUUCAGUGCAAAGACCUGGAGAGCAGCAUCAACGAGUGAAAGCGAGGGGGGGGAAGAAGGAGGAGGACCGUCCUCAUCCCCCGUCCCCUUCCCUCAUCCUUCCCCUACCCUGUAACCGUCACAUGACCCAGGGCCCACGCAUCUUCUCUGAAUCACACCUGUAUGCUCCGCCCUCCGCUCACAACCAGACCUUUCUUUCUUUUUUUUUUUUUUUUUUACUGAACUGAAAAACAAGAGGAGAAAAAUUCAGACGAAAAGAAGCAGGCUAGAAAGAAAAAAAAAAGACUAAUGUUUUGGUCUUCUCUGAAUCAGGAGACCGCUUUGGGAGCCUGGCUGCAUGAAAACCUGCAGAAUCAGCUUCAUGCUGCAGAGCUGAUAAUUGGCCGAGAAAUUCAUUUUUUUUUUGUCUAUCUGGGGGGUGGGGGUUGUUUUUUAUCAGAGCACUUAUAAAAAAGGGGAUCCUGUUUAGAAAUGUAAACCUGUGUGUGAAUGUGUGAUGCCUUGGUGUAUUACAGAGCGAGCCUAUUUCAGAAAAACAACAGAAGAAUGUUAUUUUUUUUCCUCUUUUGUUCGAUUUUUCUCUAAACGAGAACGGCCGGCGCCUGACGCGGUCGCGGACCCGGCCUUCCUCUCUAACGUAACGAAUGUCUUUGGGGACUCGGAGCAUUCAGACAGAGUAGAUGGUCACAGACGAACAUAUGUGAGCGGCUCUUCGACCAUUUAGCUAGCCUGACAUGCCAACUGUGCCUAAUCGAGCAGACACUGCCAGGCAAGGCGCCACGCAGCUCUGCUGGUCAAAUCAAAGACUCUCGGCUUCAGCAACGGGAAGCGAGUUUGAUUUUUCCGAGUUGGGAUUUUUAUUUUAUUUUUUUUUGGGGGAUCAAACGUGCCGUUCGGGCCGGUUUCCUCCCUUAUCUGACUGUUUUAUUUUUGUUUUUGUGUUUUUUUUUGUUUGUGCUGAUUUCUUUGCCUUCAGUGAAGUAAAAAUACUGCCCUACUUAUUGAGCCAUGUUUCCCCCUCAGUACAACGUAUUCAUGGUGUAUUACAUUACUUUUAAAUAUACUUACUGAGUGUUGUUUUCCCUGUAGAAAAAGAAAAAAACAGAUCAUGUAAAUGUGCUUGGAGACAAAGAGGAGGACUUUUGCCUGUAAAGAAUUGGAAAGUGUCCCGGUCAGAGAAAGCUGCCUCCUCUCAGUUUUCUGCCUUUAUCUCAGUGGAGCACCAUGAAAACAUGACGUGAGCAGGUCUUGGGACCCGUUUUUCCUCUCUCUGUGCCUUCCUACAGACUUAGACUUAAAUGCUGACUUGAAAGCGAUAUUUGUUUUGUUUUUUUUUGGGGAGGGGGAGAGAUAUUCAGACGAGGUUCAAGAAUUUAACUGAGUAAAAAAAAAAAAAAACGAUGAAUGUGGUCGGUCCCUUAAAUUCAGUCCAUCUCCGUUAGCGAUGUCAGCGUUGUUCAGUACCUUUCUGGACGGGAAACAGCCGUCGAACCUCCUCUUCCUUUGACAAUCUAAUAAGCUAAGAUUCUCACUUUUUUUUUCUCUUUAUGUGAAUGCCAAUGAUCGACAGGGAGUUAGACGGCAAGCCGAGGAAUGUCCGGGAGUUGCUUGUUGUGCGAAUACGAGAGAGAAUGUGUUCAUCCAGGGGUGCUGUGCAAUGGUCCUCAGUGAUUCCUCAUUCCUUUGAGUUUUUGCUUUUAAACACUCGGAAUCUCUUGAAAUCGCUAAAACUAGUUAUAAUGAUUCAUUCUGGAGGUCUUCCAAUGUGUUUUUUCUUUCCAAAGGUCAGUUUGCCCCUUCAGCAGUUCAUUACAUACGUAAUAAUUUACAUUUCUUUACUUGACAAUGUGGAGAUUAAUACUCAUAAACAUCAAAUUAUUGAAAAAAAUGUAUAUGUAUAUUAUUUUCUGCAGAUUUUAUUUGCUAUUUAUUUCCAUUGUCCCGAUUUGGGCCAAUUGAUUUCUAUGAAAUAUGACAGAUCGUGACCCCCGAUUAAACCAAAAUAACUUAGUCUCCUGCUGGUGCACAACCUCUAUUAUAGAUUAUAGACAAAUUACCUUUUGUUUGUUGACAUUUUGGUCGUUGAAUUUGGUGCAAAUUGCUCCAGGAUAGGUCUGAAGUGCUGGCCAAGCUCAGGUUUGAGAAGUUGGACAGGAAAAAAAACAAAAUAGUUUUACAUAUGGGGCCCUUAAUGGCAGGAAAUAUGCAGAAAAAUGGGCCCCAUAUGGGCGUGAUUGAAAGUUGCAGUGUGCCUCCAUGCUGGUAUGGGUUUAAAACAGGAUUUUUAGAUAUUUUGAACUGGUUUAUCGUUUAAAACCCAGCUAGGACCUACAUUAGGCUUUCCCAAGGCUUUUGCGGAUAGGGACUGUUUUUAAUCAAUCCAAGUGGACCAAGAAGCUCAUUGUUGAAGCUCAGGUCCUCUUGGUACCCAUCCAGGGCAAAGGACAUGAUGUAAGCUUCCACCGGUCAUUGAUCAGGUUCUGGAUGGAAAAUGUUUUACAAAAGAGCCAACAUCUGUCAAUCUGAACCGAUUUAAAGGAGAAGGCCUAACUGUAUGCAAGCAAAAUCUCCAAAAAUGAGGGGUGGUUUAAAACUUUUGCACAGCACCGGACCUUGCUUUGUGGUUGUGAAAACCAAACCAAGGCUCCAGAUCCCAACUCCACGUAUUAAGCAAAGCAGCUUGCACUUAUUUCAUAUACUCACUAUAGAUCCUGAUGCACGACGACACCCUGAGAUGUGGUUUCAUGGCGUCCCCCGAACCACGAACUAAACUACCGCGAGCGUACCUUUCUGAAACCAUGUUUCGAAGGCCGCGUCAAAGUGACAGGGGCCGCUGAAGCCCAUGCCUGGGAAAUUUGGACUGUAGCAACACCGCAGGGAUGACAGCUGAUACAGAGAAGGCGGCGGGAGGAAGAGCGAGCGAGCGAACGAGCUAGCGCUGUGGUCACUAUUAGGGCUUAGCCACUUUCCCCACGAGGGAGUCACCAAUUUCACCACCUUAGAUCCAGUUAGUGAGACAGAAACGAGGAGUCUGGGACGUCUGGGGAAUUUAACGCUGCAACCGGCAGAGAUGAAGUUUUUCUUUUAGCUCCUCUAAGUGAAAAAAAAAAAAACACCAUCAAAGAUUUCAUCUCUUGAAGAUGCGUUGAGAGUUUUCUGCCCCGGAUUUCCCAUCUCCCGCUUGGUUUAAACUCAUAUUUCAUUAUUCAGUAGGACAGUUAACAAGAGUACAGCUUGUUUGUUCAGAGUACAUAGCAGUUUUUUUGGUUGUAAGGAAACAAUUGGUCUUAAUAAUUUGGUGUUCUCUGGCUUGGGAGACAGACCCAUCGGUGGCAGCGGGAAAUAUUGAUCAGUAUUUGGAGCAACAUAAGACAAAUACAGAAAAAAAAAAAAAAAAAGCUGAAAAAAAUCUCAAAUUAUUAAAGUGAGUAUCACUUUGUAAUAUUUAUUCAACUUGUAAUUUAUGUACUCUUUAACCUUUGUCUUUUUUGUAAUGACAAAGCAUUUAUUUAAAUAAAGUUAUGUAUUCAUUGAA